UGUGUGUGUGUGUGUGUGUGUGUGUUGGGGAAUUUAAGCGGCGGGUUUAAGAGCUGAACUUUUGUUGUUGAGACGAUUUCACCACUUGUGUGAAAGUGUUCUUUGUUCAGAAAGACACGACUCUCCAACUGGCUCUGGCUUCUCACACACUGGCAUGUCAAAUUGCUUCGCAGUUAGAACAUAUCUAAUUAACUAACCGUACAAAAACCCUCCUUUUUAUUUCUGUUUACAUGAAACGCCAUGUUCUGUGUUCACAAAGGCCCCUCAUAACCAGCCCCUUCACGUAUUUGCUUAUCCAUUUGUCUCUUUUAUUCGCUAAAGCAUCCGCACAGAAUAAGCAGUCAUUUAUUGGGAUGAAAGUCGGACUGUAGCUGCUGCCUUCCCCACUGGGAGAGUACUCUGCGAGACAGAGGAAGCCAGAUGUGUCACGGCAACUUCCUACCACAUUCAAGCUGUUUGGUAGCAAUUGAGACUCAUGUACAUAUAAGGUAAAAGAAGACAAGAUGGCACAAGCUAAUCUGAAGUCUUCCAGGAAGCCUGUGUAUGUGUGGAAUGCAUGCCUACCCCCUAACAUGGACACCAGGAGCACCACUGAAGAGAAACCUGUCCAGCGAUCUAAGUCUUUCAGCUUUAAGACCCAAAAGGAAGUGUGCUCCUCAUGUGAGAAAACGGUCUACCCGAUGGAGAGAUUGGUUGCCAACAACUUGGUCUUCCAUUCAUCAUGCUUCUGCUGCAAGCACUGCAACGCCAAACUUAGCCUUGGCACCUUUGCAGCACUUCAAGGCGAAUUUUACUGUAAACCCCACUUUCAGCAGCUGUUCAAAAGCAAAGGCAACUACGACGAGGGCUUCGGACGCAAACAGCACAAAGAGCUCUGGGCCUCCAAGGAGACAGAUAAUAUAACAAAGACGGCAUAAAUCAUGUCUGUGUCCCAUCCCAGCCAUGCCGCUUUCUUUCCCUCCCCCUAACACCUCCAGUACAUCCCGAUGAACACAUGCCUCGUAUGCUGAGGCACUGUUUAAUCUCCCACACGCUCACUCGCUAUUUAAAUGCCAUCAGAACAGAUACAUGCACAAACAGCAUGGAGAUGACUGGACAGUCAUAAUCCAUUCCACUUUUGGGGUUCAAUUGAAUUGAUAUUCAUUCAUUUUAUAAUUUCCAAUUUCCUGUUUGGAAUUGGUAGUUGGUUGUGACCAAAAGCCUCUCUAGUAUGGAGAGUAUAAUGAUAUUAAAAAUCACAUUUUCUUUUUAAUUAUUCUUUUAAAAAAACAUUUGCACCCUUUUUUUUAUUAUUAAAUAAGUCAACUGUAUGCUCAGGCAAAUGUAUCCGAGGCGUUACAGAGCAUCCAUGUUUCGCAGUAGAGCAUACACUCAGGUCAAUUUUCACCCCGAGAUAUAAAAGAUCAUUUUGCAUCGUUUUAACAAAACAGAAAUCAAAAUAACAGUCCUCAGUAUUGUGACUUUGCUGUCAGACAUUUAUGUCGGUUUGUUAGGUUUCAUAUAUUUGAGGAACAAACAGGGUACAGAGUACUGUAAAAUAACAGCACACAUCAGCAACAGCUCACCUCUUGUGUUUCACAUUUUUGUGUUAAGUUUAAUUAUUGUCUGCUUCAUCCCACGAUUUGUUCUUAUUUUAUUGAGUCUUAUCCUUGCAUGUUGGUGAUGACUGGGUCUUAAUAGCCUUAUCUUAUGACUGUAUUGAUCUUUUGUGUUGUGAAUGAUUCGUUCCAUUAAUGCAUAGCAAAUCACUUUUUAAGGGUUUUUAGAAGCACUUGAGUUUGGAUUUGAUGUCUCGGCAUAAGUGGAUCCUCUGAGCUUUUAUUGAUGGUUGAAAUUUUAAUGAAAUUCUCAGAUUGUGUUUUGUAUACUAUCUGUACGUAGAGCUGUAGUUCGUGAUUAGUGAACAUUCCCCACCUUGCUGUACUGUAGUCUUGCACAUAUGACCACACAUGCUCACCAGACACGAUAAUGGCAGGGAAACUGAGGCCUUGUUCGUUAACACCCCUCACUCUGUUGGAUGAAACCUCCUUAAGAGGAGCUGUUGGUGAAAUCGAUUACUACAACUACAUUUCUCUGUCACUAAUGAGGUUGUUGAUGGACGUAGCUUGAGCCUUGCAGGAAACCACACAAUUCAGUUCCUUCGUCAUGUCACGCUUUGUCAGUUGUUGGCGUCUUGUGGUGUUUUAUUUCCCUGCUGUAUUUGAGUGUUCAUAUAGCUGGACGUAGACGGAUCCAAUCCAAUCAGUGUCUUGAACAUCCAUCAUUUUAUUCACUCCCCCAGUCCCAUCCAGUAAGUGUGGACAGGUUUCCUUUAUAAAUUAAUGCCUUCCUGUUCUCAUUUCCUGUCUUAUUAGCUAAAUGCAUUUUAGCACCUGGACCUAUUUCUUAAUCUUGAAUUUACACUAGGUGGCUGAGGGAGGGUUGGUCACGUGGUCCCCUGAUGUGCUCCUGCAUGCUGCAUGCAAAACCCGGUGCAGAGCACCCCCUGCUGGGGAAAGUGUGACAGUAGUGUUUAGUGUGAGAGGAAGAAAAGCGACUCAGUAUAGCCUUUAUUCAAAGUUUUUUUUUUUUAAUAUGUUGCCUCGGUCUGCAGUGCAGCUACUGCACUCGGACACUUUUUUUUAAUUAAAUUGUAUUCUAACACCUAAGAUAAAUCAACCCAGUUGGACAAUUGUUCCACAUCUAUAUUUCAUUCUAUUCAAAGAAUGAGUCUAAAGCCAUUCAAAUAUCUUGUUUUUAGAAAAUGUCUAAAUACCACUGACACUUGAAUGACACAAAGUAGUUUUGUGACUGAAGGUUUACUGUGAAUUUGAGCAUGCCGCGCAGAAGAGAAAGCUAAACUUGAACGGAUGGAUAUGUGCGGCUUUUGUUUUUCUUUUCUUUUUUUGAGAAGCCUUAGAAUUAAAUAGCUAACCUUAUUGCUUUUUCAAGCAAGUCCUUUUGAGUGCAAAGAGUGUAAAGACAUCUCCUCAUAAUGCCUUUUCAAAAGCAACCUGCUUAGUUUAGAUGCCCACUCUUUAACAUAGGAUUACUUAACUCAACCAGCAGCCAUUUUUUUUCCCCCUAUCUAACCACUUCUUAUCCACAAAUAAUAAUUCUAAAUCUCUGUGUAACAUUGUAUAUUUUUCUUUCUUUUUUUUUUUUUUUUUUUUUAAAAGUCAUCCUCCGGAUCCCUGAGAAAAAUAUGCUUUAAAAUCAAGAGUAUUGUAUAUCUAGAAAUGCUGUCUUUGUCAUUCUCCGUUAGCAGUGCGCCAAGGUACAACUGCAGGAUCUGUGAAUUGCAACAGAGCAGACGCGGCGUGCAGCUCACGCUGGUGCCAAGCGGCUCAGGUGAACGACUGCAGUGUGAUGUCGUCGAUGU